AUGGACCCGAAGAAUCCGAUUAAAGGAAAGACGAGAGGGAAAGGGGAGAAAAGGCACAAGGGGGAAGUUGGGAUAGAAAAGGCGAUGAUGAAGUUGUUUAAGAGAAAGAAAUUCCACGAUAGUGCAGCGAGAAAGAGGGAAGGGAAGGGAAGGGAAGGGGGAAAAGGCGAGCGGAUCAAUGGGGUGGGGUGUCCACCCAUCUACAACCCACAAGUGAAUUUUGGGAGCACGCCGCAGUCGGGAGGAGAUGGUCUUUUAGGAGUAGAUUCUUACAUUCUUACAUUCCCACCACCUAUGUACUAUGUAGCUUUAAGAAAAGAAAAGGAGAAGAAAGACACAUCAACAACGCAUGCAAUUAAUUGA